AAAAAAGCGUUCAGUAGUGAAACAAACUGAAGCUAGGAAUAGAGUUGAACUAUUUAGGCAUUUGCCUCAAUAUGAACAUGGAACACGACUUCCUGAACUUGAGUCAAAGUUCUUCCAACUUGAUCCAGUUCAUCCUGCUGUCUACAAGGCUGGGCUAAGAUAUUUAGCUGGUGAUAUAUCUGGUGGCAAUGCCCGUUGCAUUGCUAUGCUUGAAGCAUUCCAAGAGUCAAUUAAAGACUACUCAACCCCACCUGAGAAAGCUCUCAUUAGGGACUUGACUGCGAAGAUAAAUUGUUAUGUGUCUUUCCUGAUUGAAUGCAGGCCCCUUUCGAUCAGCAUGGGGAAUGCAAUUAGGUUUCUUAAAACUCGAAUUGUCAAAUUACCUUUGACUUUGUCGGAGUCCGAGGCAAAAGCAACUCUUCUGUCAGAUAUAGAUCGUUUUAUAAAUGAGAAAAUAAUUUUAGCAGAUAAGGUGAUAGUCAGGCAUGCUGUAACAAAAAUCAGGGAUGGGGAUGUUCUUCUCACAUAUGGCUCAUCGUCUGCCGUCGAAAUGAUUUGUUUGCAUGCCCAUGACAUUGGCAAACAGUUCCGUGUCGUGGUAGUAGAUUCGCGUCCAAAGCUUGAAGGACGACUAUUACUUCAUAGGUUGGUCAGAAAGGGUAUCACCUGUACAUAUACGCAUAUAAAUGCUGUCUCUUAUAUCAUGCAUGAAGUUAAUCGAGUUUUUUUGGGGGCUUCAUCGGUGUUGUCUAAUGGAACUGUCUACUCAAGGGUUGGGACUGCCUGUGUUGCUAUGGUUGCUCAUCAAUUCCAUGUUCCCGUCUUAAUAUGUUGUGAAGCAUAUAAAUUCUACGAGAGGGUGCAGCUUGAUUCAAUCUGCUCUAAUGAACUGGGUGAUCCAGAUGCCAUUUCAAAGGUUCCUGGUAGAAAGGAAAUCAACUAUUUGGAUGAUUGGGCUAAUAGGGAAAAUCUACAACUCCUGAAUCUAAUUUAUGAUGCAACACCUUCAGAUUAUGUGUCAAUGAUCAUCACAGAUUAUGGCAUGAUCCCUCCUACAAGUGUUCCUGUCAUAGUUCGAGAAUACCGCAAAGAACACUUAUGGAUUUAGGGAAGUCGUUGGCAAAUCAUAGAGGUGUUUCAAUUUUUGGGUACUGAUGGGAUAGUGAAGCUUCAACAGAAAUUGUGUUACUAGUUUCUUCUCUCCAUUCUUCCUUUUGGACCAGUGUUACAUGUCUUAUUAUAUGACGUGUCUGAUACUUUGGGUACUAUUUUUGCUCCUGACUCCGUGAAGAGUGCGAUUUACCCGCCUCUCCGGACAGUUUUAGGAAAUGCAUUUUUAAUGUUGUAGUGAGUUUUUCCGCCCCCCUCCGAUAGUUCAAACUGAUCAUCGAGUGAUUAAGCCAAUGUGAUGAUUUUUCUUUUGAAGGAAGAGUUGGAACAAGGCUUUGUUGUAUUUAAUUUUAAUUGUUAUGUGGUUUUCAGGCUUUUCUUAUUUAGGUCUUUCAGACUCCUAGAGCCAAGUCAAUGGAUUGUUGAUUUUUGGUGAGCAC